UUCUCCCCUUUUGCCUGCCUGGGUUUUCUCUGGGCACUCCGAUCUCCUCUCACAUCCCCCCAAAAAGCAUUAAUUUGACACUCUAAAUUGCCCCUAGGUAUGUGACUGUGUGUGCGACUGUUGCUUGUCUUUGUGCCCUGCGAUUGGCUGGCAACUAGUUCGGGGUGUACGCCGGGUCGUCCCUGAUUAAAGCUGGGGUAUGCUCCAGUUUUCCCACGACCCUGGUGAGGAUAAGCAGCCCAGGAAAUGGUUUCAUAUGGUAUACGCGCCCAAUAGCAGGAGUGUUGUAGGGAUUUGCAAGUUUGGACCCUACGCGUGUUCAUGAGUCGAGGAAGAUAUGACCAAUGAUUAGAAAAAGUUAACAGCAAAUGGAUUUUUUUACAAAGGAAUGUGCAGUACAGACGUCCGGGUCUUAUCUAGGGAUCUGCCACACACGAGACGUGUGUCUUCAGGCAGGAUAGCCAAAGAAGAAGACAAAAGCUCCCCAGUAACACAAGGUUUUCAUAUGUAUGGGUCCGUGGUAAAGGUGACUAACCCCCCCGCAGUCUGGUCCGGGCCCGGGAUGGUAGCUUUACGCUCCUUAUCGGGUGUCGUUCGUCUCCAUGGCGACGCCUGGCAGAGGAGGAUGGCGCCAGCCGGUUUUCUGCGUACAAAGAUCAAGGACAAUCACCGGCUCCACAACACAUCCUUGUCUGAUUAGCAAAUGGGCAACACUUUAUCCGUUGAUUAAAUGUAUAACGUCAUAUUUAACCAAUAAUGAAAGGCAAUAAAACUAAAAUAGUCUUAAGCGUGCAUCCUUUUGUCAGCAGUCACUCAACUGAACUCGCCUCGUCACAUGAAACGCACAGGCAGAGUUGAGUGCACGUGCUUCCUCUGUCUUUGACCACGCCCCGCCAUCUGCGUCAUCGUGUCCGAGCUUUCCGCGGUGCUCGGCAGCGAGAAGACAGCCCCGCACUGCUCACUCAACAAGCAUGCACGGGGUGAGGCGGCGAUCCCCGCGAGGCCCCCAUCCGUCACCGCUAUGGAAAUGACCGCAGCGUUCUUUGUGAGAUCAGCCCUCGGCCCUCACUACCUUCGAGCGCUCCAUCGGGACCCAGACAAUAAAACAGCAGCUGAGCGGCUGCUUUCCUCCGUAGUGCACUGAGAAGGAGGAGGAGGAUGAAGAGCAGGGACACCCACAGAAGUGUUUGUCUUGUCAACUCGCACAUGGACGUUUGUUUGACCCCCAUCUGAGUUCUGUACGGCUACACAAUGUCCGCCGUGUGUAUUUCUGCAGUGGUCCUGUGGACAUUGGUGGUUGAAAUCUCAGCACGGGUUUUGACCACAACUAACCCAGCUGAUCUGCCCUUCCUUUCUCCCCGCCACUAUCAAUAUAAAGACCCAGAGUCAGGCUCUCAGCUGGUCUGUGACAAGUGCCCGGCUGGUACCUAUGUGUCUGUCCACUGUUCUCGAACUGCAGUCAGGGAGUGCAGCCCCUGCCCUGAACAUACUUUCACACGAGGUGAGAAUGGUGUUGCGCAAUGCCAUCACUGUCGGGCUCCAUGUCCUGGAGGCCUCAUUGAAAAGGUACCCUGCACUACCACCCAGGACCGUGUGUGUACGUGCCCCCCAAAUAGCUUCCUGUUGGAGGAAGCUGGCACAGAAUGUAAGCCCCAUUCGUUGUGCCCUCCUGGGACAAGAGUGAAAAAGCGGGGUAGUGAAACAGAAGAUGUUAUUUGUAAGCCGUGCACCAAAGGAACUUUCUCUAAUGUGGAAUCAAGUGUGCUCAAGUGCCGAGCCCAUGUGGACUGCCGAGCUCAGGGGUUGACGCUGCUCAUAGCGGGGACAAGAGAGACUGAUAAUCUCUGUGGACCCUUGUCUACAGUCCCCUCAUCUGCAUCUUCCUCCACAGCCACUGCACAAGGACGAGAAUUAAUGACAUCCAAAUCUUCCUCGUCACCAUUAGAUCACAAAGGAAUCAACAGCCAUUCAGCUGCCAUUCAACUUGGAGAAAACCAGAGUGUGAAAGAAGAGGGUAUUACACGCAAUCAUGCAAUAAGCACCAUUCCAGCAAUCCGAAACCCCCCUCAUGCUUCACCCUCCACAAUGCGAAAAGAUCUGGUGCUUCGCAACCAACUUUGGGAUGAACGAAAUUCCAACCUCUUGCAUGGGCCCAACAAGAUGACAAUAGAAGGAUUUGACAGUUCAGAGGUCAGGGUUGGGAUGGGGAUCAGUAAGAUUGCCGUGCAGUCGAACAGAGACAGAGUUUCCAAUUAUAACCGUCCCACUCGAAGAGGAUCACCACGGCCGAGCACUCGUGAUCACUUUGACAUAAACGAACAUCUCCCCUGGAUGAUUGUCCUGCUGCUACUGCUCGUUCUUGUGGUGAUUGUCAUGUGCAGUGUGAAACGGAGUUCCCAUGUGCUGAAGAAAGGCCCAAUGCAGGACCCAAGCACAAUUGUUGAAAGGGCAAUUCAGAAGAAACCUUCUAUGCCCUCUGGACAGGUCAAAGAGAAGUGGAUCUAUUACUCCAAUGGACAAGGAGUGGACAUUCUAAAACUGGUUGCAGCUCAGGUGGGCUCACAGUGGAUUGACAUUUAUCAGUUGCUGGCCAACGCCACAGAGCGGGAAGUGGCAGCAUUCUCUAGCGGCUACUCGGGAGAUCACGAGCGGGCAUACGCUGCGCUGCAGCACUGGACAAUUCGGGACAGCGAUGCCAAUCUGGCCAAGCUGAUCAACGCCUUGCACCGACAGCGCCGUAUCGACGUGGUGGAGAAGAUCAGACAGGUCAUGGAGGACAAUCCACAGUUUGACAUAAACCAGCUGAUGACGUCAGUGAAUGUAAGCCAAAGCCUCAGUCCCAUUCACAAGCCUCCUGAGUCUCCCAGCAGCACUGGCGGCAGCGGCAGCAAUGCUGUUGGUGUCGAGCAGUCGCCGGUGGACCGUACCAAAGGCUUCUUCCACGACGAGUCGGAACCGCUGCUCCGUUGUGACUCCACCUCCAGCAAAGACUCUGCUCUCAGCAGGAACGGUUCAUUCAUCACUAAAGAGAAGAAAGACACAGUGCUUCGUCAAGUGCGCCUGGACCCCUGCGACCUGCAGCCCAUCUUUGACGACAUGCUGCACAUCCUGAAUCCCGAGGAGCUCCACGUUAUCGAGGAGAUCCCCGCUGCUGAGGACAAGCUGGACCGGCUUUUUGAGAUCGCUGGAGUCAAAAGUCAGGAGGCCAGCCAGACACUGUUGGACUCGGUCUACAGCCACCUCCCCGACCUUUUGUAGACCAAGAAGUCACAGAGAGGAGCAGAUAAGGUCAUAAAACUUGCAACAAGCCGAUCUGAGUCCGUUCUGAUUGAGCUCAAAUUUAAUCUGACACAGUGAUCCAUCAUCAUCAUCAUCAUCAUCAUCAUCAUCCGUUUUCUACUUUGUUUGAAGCUUCUUUUAUUGAGUUUGACCUUUACUCUUCCUAUUAUCUUGGAUUGUGUGUUUGUUAUUCCUUCAUCCUCUAAUACAGAGGGUCAAAGUCAAUACUUGUUUUCUCUUUCUACCAAUUGUAUCAAAUACAUUCUGACUUUUAAAAUGCAAAAUGGCUCAAGAGCUUCUUGUUGAACAUAUCGUUGCUAUCCAAUGAAAAGUGUCACCAAGUUUUAUUCACGAUUCAUGGAGAUAAAUGUUUUUCCAUUUAUAAUGACAAUAUGUCAGAUUUAAUGAAAAAUACAAAGCACUUUCUUUAUGUUAAACUUGCACCAUUCAUGGAUGAUAGUGGAUUUUCUGGCAUCAGGUCUUACAACAUAAUAAAAAAAAGUAAAAAUAGAAAAGUAAAAUGAGGUUUGACUUCAAACAAGUCAGUGAACUGGUAUCGUUCAUCUUGUUUUUUUUUUUUAAGAGGCUCUUCAACAAUCAAACAUACAUUAUUCACAUUUAUCAAUGUAUUACCAAAG